AUGGCGGGAAACGACCGUCUAGGGGACGCAACGCCGAGCCAAUCUUCAGAUUUGAUAGGUCGUUUAAGAGGUGUCGCGGAAAAGCACCUCAAAGAUAUCGAGGAAGAAAGACUGCAAGAGGAAAAGGACGAAGUGAAGAGGAUACAAGAGCUGGAGCACUAUUCGAAGCACAAGAAGCAGGGGAAGCAGGGAAUGCCAAAUACGCCCAUCGAGGUGUCAGUCCCCAAAAUGAGAUCAGCCCAAGAUGUCCUCAAGCGGCUCCAAUGGGAUACUGAUCUUGACAUGUCAAGAUACAUCAUUGGCUAUCUGGAACGGUUCGCCGGUAUCAAGGAACUCGCCGCGACCCAUUGGAUCUCCGAGGUCACCGAGGAAGACUGGAUUCCCCAGCAUCGCAUUAAAUACUUCAAACGGGUGUCUGAGAAUGGGGAGGCUGAGAUUGUCUGGGACCGCGAAAAGCGAAUCGACAAGAUCUUCGGCAGUGGCUUGAAAGAGGACGAUGAGACGGUGGAUGUUAAUUCCGAGGAUGGCGGUGUCAGUCUCCUACCGCAAUAG